AGCAGGUUUCGUCAACAGAACUGUGGCUGGGACCUAUGAGACUAACACAGGAUCCUAUACAGGUGCUGCUGGUGUUUGCAAAGGAAGACAGUCAAAGUGAUGGCUUCUGGUGGGCCUGUGACCGGGCCGGGUACAGGUGUAAUAUAGCCAGAACACCUGAAUCAGCCCUGGAGUGUUUCCUUGAUAAACAUCAUGAAAUCAUUGUUAUAGAUCACAGACACUCAAGAUACCUUGACGCAGAGGCGGUUUGCAGAUCAAUACGAGCAACAAAGCCAUCAGAGCACACAACAAUCCUUGCUGUAGUCCCACGUUUAGCAUCUGAUCAAGAAGAAACAUCGGUCCUUCCUCUCCUGCAUGCUGGAUUCAACAGGAGAUUUUAUGAGAAUAACAGUAUGAUUGCCUGUUACAAUGAGCUUAUCCAGAUAGAACAUGGGGAGGUUCGCUCACACUUCAAACUGAGGUCCUGCAAUUCAAUAUUUACAGCGUUAGAACACUGCCAAGAAGCCGUAGAGAUUACAAGUGAAGAACAUGUCAUACAGUAUGUUAAUCCAGCUUUUGAACGGAUGAUGGGCUAUACCAAAGAGGAACUCCUGGGGAAAGAACUGAUAGAAUUGCCGAAAAGUGACAAGAACCGAGCAGACCUUUUAGAUACCAUCAAUACAUGCAUCAAAAAGGGAAAGGAAUGCAAGGGAUUUAUUAUGCAAGACGGAAAUCGGGUGACAGCAUCCAGCAACAUGUGAGAGUCACUCCUGUAGUCGGUCAAGGAGGGAAAAUUAGACAUUUUGUGUCCAUCAAGAAGCUUUGCAGUGGCAGUGACAACAAUAAACAGAUCUACAAGAUAAGCAGAGAUGAGAAAUACUCUGGAGAAAAUUCACUUACAGAGUCUCAUUCCCACUCAUUUAGACAUAAGAACAGAAGGAAAGAGUCAAUAGAUGUACGGUCAAUCACAUCACGGAGUAGUGACGCAGCCAGUUUACAGAACCACAGGUAUUCAUCCAUGGCACGGAUUCACACCAUGACUAUAGAGGCUCCCAUUACAAAGGUCAUUAACAUAAUAAAUGCAGCUCAGGAGAACAGUCCUGUAACAGUGGCCGAGGCCUUGGACAGAGUGCUAGAAAUUCUGAGGACCACAGAGCUCUAUUCUCCACAGCUGGCAACCAAAGAAGAGGAUCCCCACACAAGUGACCUUGUUGGUGGUCUGAUGACAGAUGGUUUGAGAAGACUUUCAGGAAAUGAAUAUGUUUUCUCAAAAAAUAUGCAGCACAGCCAUAGUCACCUAUCAGUGCCAAUUACAAUCAAUGAUGUGCCACCUCGUAUAGCGCAGUUACUCGACAACGAAGAUUCCUGGGACUUUAACAUAUUCGAACUAGAAGGUGUUACAAAUAAAAGGCCGUUAGUUUACCUUGGACUUAAAAUAUUUGCCUGCUUUGGAGUAUGUGAAUUUCUCAGUUGUUCGGAAACUACUCUCCGUGCUUGGCUGCAAGUGAUUGAAGCCAACUACCAUGCGUCUAAUUCUUACCACAACUCUACGCAUGCUGCUGAUGUCCUGCAUGCCACGGCCUUCUUUUUACAAAAGGAGAAUGUAAAGGCCAGCCUUGACCAGCUGGAUAAGGUAGCCGCUCUGAUAGCUGCUACGGUACAUGAUAUUGAUCACCCCGGACGCACCAACUCUUUCCUCUGCAACGCCGGCAGUGAAUUAGCCCUGCUUUACAAUGACACGGCCGUCUUAGAAAGUCACCACUCCGCGCUGGCUUUUCAACUCACUGCAAAGGACAACAAAUGCAAUAUUUUCAAGAACAUGGACAGGUACAUCGAUAGCACGUGUUUAUCACUUUAA